GAGAGAGAGAGAGAGAGAGAGAGAGAGAGAGACAGAGAGAGAAAGAGAGAGGGAGAGAGAGAGAGAGAGCCACAUUCCGAGCGGAUCACGGAUGCUUAUAGAAGCGUUGCGUAACGGCGUCAGGCGAACAGCGAAACCGCGACUUCGUCGUCGAGCUCGUCGUCCAGUUUUGACGACUUCGAGGGAACACCCGGUACGUCCCGUGUGGUCCUCGGGCCUCUCGCCUGACCCACGGCUCUCGAUUCUGUGGUGAUCGCCGUGGCACGGAGUGCUCUCGAGUGCCGUGUGUGUGAGGUGCUUAGACGCGCGUCUCGGUUCCACGAGUAUUCUCGGCGAGGUCGGAUCAUCCCGUCGCACCGCGAUCGUGAACGGCCGCGGCGACGGCGGCACGUGCGUGUACGUGUGUGUGCGAAGAUCCGGUAGGACGCGCGAAGAAGCGGCGACGAGGGCGGCUGAGACGUCGGAAGAGAAGGUGGCGGAUAAUGGAGCGACAUCCAGGGGUAGGCGCGUGCGGACGUUGCUGACGAGCGAGCACGAGCGCAACGAAGACGACGACGACGACCACGACGAAGACGACGAGGAAGUCGAGGAGGCAGUGGCGGCGGAGCAGGAGGUGGGCGACGAGGGAAACGUGGAAACGAACGACGACAGUGCCCGCGGCGGCCUCGAGAGAUGCAGCAACAGCCACAUUCCGGCCAGCAACCGUCCGGGGCGCCGAACGGGGUGGCGGGGGGCGCCCAAAUGCCGCAAACAGGUGGCAUGAGCCCGGCGCAACCUGGCGCGACCGGCACCGCCACCGCGUCCACCAAUCGGGCGCAGGUUAACGGCGGUAGAUUCGACUUCGACGACGGCGGCACCUACUGCGGCGGCUGGGAGGACGGCAAGGCCCACGGCCACGGCGUGUGCACCGGACCCAAGGGUCAGGGCGCCUAUUCCGGCAGCUGGCAUUUCGGCUUCGAAGUCUCCGGCGUCUACACCUGGCCUAGCGGGUCAGCUUACGAAGGACAAUGGCAAAACGGCAAGAGGCAUGGUCUGGGCAUGGAGACGCGCGGUCGUUGGCUCUACCGGGGAGAAUGGACUCAGGGAUUCAAGGGUCGUUACGGGGUCCGGCAGUCCACCACCUCCACGGCGAGAUACGAGGGCACGUGGUCCAGUGGCCUGCAGGACGGUUAUGGCUCCGAGACUUACGCCGACAGUGGGACUUAUCAAGGCCAAUGGCUUCGCGGCAUGCGGCACGGAUACGGAGUGAGGGCGAGCGCACCGUUCGGCUUGGCGAGUCACUACAAGCCGCCGAAGCAGGUGAGAGCAUCCCUGACGUCGUUGAGGAGCGCUGACGGAGGACCGGCGAUUGCUCCUACGCCGGAGCCUACCGACAGGAGGGACCGUCGCGUGGACGACAGCCGGGGGGGCUUUGUUCUGAAGGCCAGGAGCGACGAUCCACCCGCCCGGAGAAAGAGCCUGACGGAGAAGUCCCUGAAGAAGGGUAUCCUCUCGGGUCUCAAGAUUCGGAAGCAAAGGAGCACAGGGGACCUGGAGAAGCGCGGCACCGGCGGCAGUAUUAGGAGUAACGCCAGCUCGGCGUCGUGGAUGUCGACGGAGAGCUCGCAGAGCCAAGCCUCGGCGUCGGUCCACACAGACAGUAACGCGUCCUUUGUCAUCGAGGACGAGCAGAUGGACGCGUCGGUGACCGAGACGUACCUGGGCGAGUGGAAGAACGACAAGAGGACCGGUUUCGGCAUAUCCGAGAGGAGCGACGGCCUGCGAUACGAGGGCGAGUGGUUCAACAACCGGAAAUACGGAUACGGCGUGACCACGUUUCGCGACGGUAGCAAGGAGGAGGGCAAGUACAAGAACAACGUGCUGAUCACCAGCCAGAAGAAGAAGCACCUCUUCUUGAUCAGGUCGGCCAAGUUCCGCGAGAGGAUAGAGGCUGCUGUGAGUGCCGCUCAGAGAGCGAGCAAAAUCGCCCUGCAGAAGGCGGACAUCGCGAUUUCCAGGACAGCGACUGCGCGGGGCAAGGCCGAGCUGGCCGACAUCGCCGCCGAGCACGCUCGGGAGGACUCCGAGCUGGCGCAGCAGACGGCAAGGCAGUUCGCACCGGACUUCCGACAACCGGGUCUGGAGAGGCUGCGGAACAGGGAGAUACCCAAGUACGUGCCGCCACCCCAGGACACCGUGCCCGGCAAGAGUAUUCUGCACAAAACGGCGGAUCAGCCUGGAGUGACGCCGAUCAAGAGCGCCUCGUCGAUCGUCGACUCCGCGAUGACGACGACGACGAUGACGACGACGACAAUGACGACGACGACGAACGCGACGCUGGCCGCCGCGGCGGCGGCGGCGGCGAGCACCGCCGCCAGCAGCGUGAUGCAGUCGAUACGCAGGGCCAGCCUGAUGAAGCCGCAGAAUCAGCUGCCGUCGAUGCAGAACCAGAUACCGAAUCAGGUGCCACCCGGUCCGCUGGCGAACCAGGUGUCCAUGAACCAGCUGAACGCGCAGACCACCUUGAAUCCGUACCAGCAGUACUCGCAGAACAUGCCGACGAGCCAGUACCCCAACAGCAUACCGAACCAGUAUCAGCCGAACCAGUACGUCCAGCAGAACCAGUUCGCCCAGGGCAGUCCGUACCAGACGCAGUAUCAGCCGACUAAUCCGCCACAGGUCGAUCAGUACUCCGGUUAUCAGCAGCAGCAACAGCAACCGAUCGGGCCGCACGGCUUCCAAAAUUUGCAGGCUUAUCCCAGUCAGCAGCAGAUCUUGAGUCCGCAACCGCCAGUUACGUACGAUCCAAUGACAUUCGCCCAAAUGAAUCAAUUUGGAGCGCAGCUUUACGGUACGGCAGUCCCGAACCAGUACGGGCCCGGCCAGACGAAUCAGUACAAUUCGCAGCCGAUGUACACGCAGCAACCGUCGCAGCAAUAUCAGCCUGACGGUAUGAUCGUGGACGGAACGAGACCGCCGAGUUCUACGAGCUUACGAAGGAACAGCCGAGUGCUGAGUCCUCAGGAUCGACCCGGCGCUAUCGGCCAAACGUUGAACGACAGGCUGGAUCAUUACAAGAGGCCACCUAGUCGCGACAGUUCCGUGGAUCGUUACGCGAGAGCGCAUUCCCGACUGACCGGAUCGAGACAGCCGUCCGUCGACAGAAUCAUACCGAAUCCACCCACGGACAUGCUCGACAGGUCGACGAGAGCUCCGAGUGCGAUCCGAGCGGCAACGCCGCUGAACGGCUCCGUGGUAGGCAGCGGCGCCGCGACGCCUACGUACACGGCGCCAACACCUAGCCAAUUCGAAGGAGCCCUUUUAAAGAACCGAGGCCUUGGGCAGGACAUCCUGCCGAGUCCUGGACAGCCUAAGCGCACCGAAAGCCUCUAUGUGGCUCAGUCUCGCGGGCCGCCCGGCGGCGGCGGCGGUGGUGGUGGCGGUGGAGGCGGUGGAGGCGGCGGUGGCGGUGGCGGUGGCGGUGGAGGUGGCGGAGGUGUCAUGCCGAAGGACGCAGGCCGGACGGUCCCCGCCUUCGCCGCAACGUCAAAGGGCCGCGCAACCCUAUGAGUAUAAGUAUAUAAAUAUGUAUACAAAGAGAUGUGCGAGAUGUAAAAGAGAGACAUAUAUACUAUAUAUAUAUAUAGAUACAUUUAUAGCGGUUAGCAAGGAGGCGCAGCUUCCGAGAGGCUCGUUCGCGUCGCGGCGCGCCGUGUUUCGAGCCGAGUCGGCUGAUAAUAGGUCUGUUCUUUUUCGAGGAACUUCCUGACCUAGUGCACACUUCCUGAACUCUGGUGCAACGGGUUAGAGCGGAACAAAUAUAUUUUGCUUCGCUGUGACUUAUUGCGCCAGUCUCUCCGCACCGGUUUAGGCAGUUCAGUUAAACAAAACAAACCUAAUUGCGGCGCGAUCCCGCUCUCGCCGCUUCCGCCCUUCGACAGAGUUCACCUGUCGAAAGACAGGUCGGAAAAGCCCCGAAAUUAAGUUCCGAUAACGAAGAUGCUUCGAGACAGCACGUGUCUCGCCGGGAUCCGGCGCGUCCCUCGUGAGGAUCGACGAUAUUUUUCUACGUAUUUACGAGCCCUCCGCAACGUCCGAUGUCGCCUUAACCGGGAACGCACGCGGCGACGGAUGCGCGGUCGAAUGGUUAAUUAUGGUUACUGAUGCAGCUGUGUGUUGAUGCGGGCGCACGCGCGCGGAAUCGACUCGUUUGCAAUUUGCGCGCGUUUGGCUCGGUGCACGAUGCAACCAGUACGAUGAGCCAGGUUUCCGAAGCGAAGCCUUAACAUUAGAAUGCCCGAUGAAGUCAUUCCGACUCCUUUGAGGUCCUCUUGUUGUCGCUAUUCCCGUCUCGCGUGAUCCAGGGAAAGCAGUAUCUUGUAACUUUUAAUUAUAUUCUUAAAAUGUUCACACAAGUUAUUGAUAUGGAUUAUUGAUAUGGGACAGAGAGAGUUUCAAGAUGUUAGAAUCACGAGGAAUCGAAAUGAUUCUUUCGGGCGUCCGAAGGCGGCUGUAGUUCCCGGGCAUCUUAGUGUUAAAAAGAGCCGCGGAGAUGUCCCAAUAACGGUCAUUUCGCGGAGAUUCAGUGGUGUACACGAGGAGCUCGGCAAGCGACUAGUAACUCAGUGGUUUGGUCUGAUUGGUGCACUGAGAAAAGAAGUGGGUUAAUGAGGCUCUGCUUGAACGAAGAGAAUUCGUUCAAGCAAACGUUUAGCCGAUUAAACGAAUUAUAUAGUUGCUGUGAUGUGUUAUAUUAACUGAUUCAAUGAUGGCGAUUUGGUCAGUAACUAUAUCAACGCAAUUUAUUGUUGCAAUAAGUUGUUCAAUAAAUAUAAUGUUUCUUUAGGCGGAUGACCGCCGAUUUUGUCAAUUACUUUUUUUUCUCAAUGUGUGUACGUUUGUAUCUCGGAUAGAUCUCAGAGUAUGCACAAAUUAGACUCGUGAGCACUGCUUGCUUUGCGGCAGAAUGAAACGCUCGGUAAGCCCAACGGGUAAGUGAUUGAAGGAUCUGAUUUUGCUGCACGCUUCCGGAUCCUGCCAAGAUCUAAAGAUACAAACGCCAAUUAGAUCCACUACUGAUCGUCAGUCGGUUGCUAAGCGUUUCUUUCUCCGGAAUGCAGCCACUAGUCGUUUGUUAAGUGCUUCGUUCCGCAGCAGCCAUCGUUGCAAUGUAACAAGACGCUUAAUGGAAGAGAUACUUGUACCUGGUAGAUCGCUAUUAGUCGCUAACUCUCGCCGCGUCGUCGAACAAUAAGAACUCUCGACGAGAGAAAAGAAGUCGCGGUCGAGACGAGCAAUGCGUACUUCUGGAGAAUAAACUUAUUUUUCUAUAGAGAGAGAGACUCCGCGAGCGACACGGAUCGUUAUAUUGGACGAGUCAAAAAGUCGCGCAGUCGGGAUUUUGAUAGAGAUUUGCCAUCACGAGUGCUACCGUGUGAUGUUUCAAAUGUCAAUGCAUUGCACAGGGUGUUCGCUAAAUACUUGGAUAAACUUCUAGAGUAUAUUCCUCUCAUCAAAAUAAAGGAAGAAAUUUAUAUAAACCUAUAAUCAAGUGUGAGUGAUUGCGAAGUUAUAGCAAAGCAAAUGUUUACGUUAACGUUAUUGCACUAAAAGAAAUUAUUCGAUAAAAAAAUUAACCAUUCAAUCAGAAGACCAAUGAAUGUUUAUAUCUAAUCAGGAUAUCCAAUUAAAUUUAAUUACUUCCGAUCAUGAUGACAUUUCAUCAGAUAAACCAAUCAAAAAAUUAUAAAUCGAUAUUUUUCAUCGGAUAUUUUCUGAUUGGAUACAAAAAUUCAUCGGUAUUUAUCGGAAAUAUAUUUGUUUGUUAAUUUUUUAUCGAAGGGUUUCUUUUAGUGUAUUGUAUAAUUAUAAAUAAACAUUUAAAUUGUUACAAAUGCUCAAAAUGGCCGCCAUUUGAUAAAAGACAAGUAUUGACACGGUAGAGUUAAACAUUGCCGAAGCAUUUCAAAGGUUCACGGAUGAUUUCGUACAGCCUCACAAAUAUUGAUAAUACGUUGGCGAAGCAUCUCUUAGAUACACUAAGUGUAAAAUGUAAAGUAUUAAUAGUAAUUACCUGAAAUUUGCCUCAAAUAAGACACUCAGAUUUUAAUUUAGAGUUAGACCUAAAUUUUUAGUUAAAUCAUGAUCGCAAAUAUAAUACCACAUGUACUUUUUAAUUCAAAUAAAACCCUCUCAUUCAACUCUAAAUUCAGAUUUGAGUAUUUCACGUAGGACAAGUUUCAAGUAACGAUUAUUAAUACGAGCUUGAAUGCUUUAAAUGUCCCUAUAAAUCCAGCGGAUUUAAGUUUGAGAAACGUGGAAGCCAUAUGCGACUAAUCCUCCUCUGCCAAUCGAUCUAUCUGGAUAAUUAUUAUUGACCACACUUUUCACUUAACGAUUAAAAUGUGAUGGUGUUUCAUUAUGCAUAAACCGCAUUCUGAACAUACCGCCCGUCUCGAUUAUUGGGAUUUAAUUGUUUACUUGCGAUUAUUUAAUAAUAACGUUAACAUAAACUUUGUCUUACUAUAACUUUGCAACCACUUAUACUUGAUUAUGGGUUUAUAUAAACUUUUAUCUUUAUUUUGACGAGAGGAAUACGCCUCAGAAGUUUGUCCAAGUAUUUCACAAAACCCUUGUGUAGCAUUGGAAAGAUCAGAUUUUUUGUUAUCUUUUUGGUAUUAGUUGUAUUGCUUUGACAAAGCUUGCUUUUAAAGAAUAGUUCAGACGAAAUAAAAUUAUAGAAAUAAGACGAAAAAAUCUCGUUUUCGCUUUCUGACGAUAUAUGGAGUAUUGUGAGAGCUACAACCAUCGUGAAAAGUAAGAAGACAUUUGCGAGAUUUAUGGAAAACAUGCUGUAAAUCCAUUCAGACGCGUGAAAAACGAUUGAAUAAAUUUUAACGAAGCACAUAUCACGCUCGGGAAGGUUUACGGAAGUGGAUAACAACGUAAUCCGCAAUUCGCUUGACGCAAAUCCAUGAAUUUCGAUAUGGUAGAGAGCCGAAGCAAUGAACACAGCGUAUGAGAACGCGUAUAACCAUUUUUUCGAGGCUGUACAGUCUGAAGUUUCACGUGUGCUAAGCGAAAAGAAACCACGUUUUUCUUUGUUCUCCGACAAACCAAUCGACUUUUACGAGCACGUUUUUACGUGCGUUCACCAUCAAAACGUUGAAAGAGGAUCGUCAAGAGAAUCGUGAAAAAUCAUUUGGUCGAAUAAAUAAAUAAAUAAAUAAAUUUGUCCAAAGAUGACUACAAUAAUGACUGAAACUUUCUGACUUGUAAUCUGUAUUCACGUGUACAGAUCGGGAGAUAGGGAGAUCGGGUCUAAAUGGUUGCAGGAGUAUGUUGCUCAUAUGUUUUUUUAAUAGCUAUCUUGAGAGGAACAGUAGAUAUAUACACAAAAUCGCGAAAGUCCUUUCAGAACAUAGAUAUUUUUCCCUGAAUUUCACUAAAAUCAGAAUAAUACUAUAAAAAAGUAUUAUUAAAAAAUAGAAACAAACUGAUUUCAGACCACUUUUAUCAAGCUCAUGUUAGCUCAGCAAGGCUGCUUCUAUGGUGGUUUGCACAGUCAGUCACAACAAGUAGUUAUCUAAUAGAUGCUUAUACUAAUGUCAGUCACCUUAACCCAAGUUUUUAAAUCUUUGAACAGAGUUUAAUCUCUCUCAAAUUAAAGAUUAAUAGUUGUUGGUAGAAAUGGGCAUGAGCAAUUGUUACUCUGAAAUUCUGAAAUAUGGGACAUCUAGCCCCGAUUUCUCUUAUACUAUACUACAAAUACAUGUUCAUUAGGCCGGUAAUUUGUCGUCCAUUGUUACGUAUUUUUGUUUAUUUUAAUCGAAGAACCGUGUAAUCAUUGAGCCGAUAUAAUUAAACGAACUAAUUAAUCUUCACAGCGGAAGACCGCCGCAACUUUCCGAUUCGUCCGAUACACUCGUGCGAACGAUCCGGUGUCACUGAUUAUCGACAUUAAUCUUGGAAUGGCCCGUUAAUUGCCGUCAGAUUUGAUUUGGCGAUGGCGUGUGAUUAAUGUGCGAGCACUGUUUGGUUGCGCAAGACGUUCCCCGAAGUGCGGGAAGCAGCGGGAAUUUUGCUGAAUUCAUCGCGACGGAGAUAUCGCCGGCCACGAGAUAAGGAGCGCGAUUUCAUUCCAGGAUUAAAUGAGCAACGAUCGGGACGUAGAGCGGAGGAGAAGCGGCACGGAGUCUUUAACGAUCUCGAGAUAUCCUAGAUCGCGUCUCGUCUUGGUCGAGAUGGAGAGCUGAUCGCCGUCGCGGCGAAUAUCGCUAUUGCGAAACGGGAAUUACACGCGAGAGCAAUUUCAUGGAUUUCGCAACGCACGUUUGCGCGAAGCUGUCGAGAUGGCAGCGGACUCACGUUGUCCACGUUGUACCAACCAGAAACGCGAUCUACGAGCACUCGUUGGGAAAUGAUACGAGAUCACCCCGACGGACCAGUCAACGAACAAUAAACGCUACAAACAAUGCACGUAGUGCAUUGCUUUUCCGCAGGAGAAAAAGCGACUGACAGCUUUUCCCCGACUAGUCUUUCUUUCUUUCUUUUUCUUUUUCCUUCGGGCUUUUCGACACGUUAUCGUAGUUAAAACGAGACAGAUUCUAAGUAGCGGAGAUGCGCGCGAGCGCGACUAUAUUUACAAGUAUAAACGGACACAUCUGUGUAUAUGUACGAUAUAUGUAUAUGUUGCGUGCGUGUGCGUGUGCGUGUAGAUACCCGCGCACUCUGAAUAGCGGCUAAGUACGCCGAGGUGAAGCGACACGCGAAUUGGCUCCUCCGUUUUGUACACUAAAACUAAGGAGUGAAUCCCCGGCUCGCUGCUUCUCUUACAUUACAUUCCGUUUCCUGCGAGAACGACCGACUUACGUUAAUUGCAUGCGUACAUACACACACACGCACGCGCGCGCGUACACUCACACCCACACGCACACACGCGAGACGAACGCGCGCACUGAGACAACCGAGUUAAGAAGCAGCGCCCAUUAAGAUCGCACUAAUUAACGGACCCUCGGAAGGUAAGCUUAACGCGCGGCGUGGAGGCGGGGACCAGUUUUUGCUCUUCGAUUCUCUCUAUUUUAACCCUCUUUAAUCAUAUCUCAAGCCUCUUUCGACCCUACUUCCAAACUACCCGUUGUCGCUAGUCACCUCUCCUAGAUUACUUUAGAAUCGAUCGACGCCGCUCGAUCUCCGUAGACUUUCUUAGAGAUAUCGCUAGUCCAGAGUCUCGCCCUUCUGCGUUCGAGCUCCCGGCCGACGUGGCCGGGUGAUCGACAACUGCGACUUACAGAUUGCUUAUUGUCGCUGUUAACGGAGGCACUUAUCAGUACGUGCCGAGAGCUCGCAAGCGUUCGGACGAGUCUUUUGCGACGUGCUCUCUUGAUAAUCUCCACCACCUCCACGCCGCUUCUUUUUCCUAUUCUCUGGUCGGAGACGUUGUUCCUUCUUUUCUCGACGCAUGCUCUUGUACGGAUUUGACGGAUCUGAGUCCUAUGUAUCGCGAUGCCACGCGACGCGGAGGAUACUCGUUAAGAUUGAAAGUAAUCGCCAGGAGAGACGUUCGAUACGAAGUGAGCCUUAAGCGUGCAGGAUCCUAAUUAACACUAGGAUACUUAGUCGUCGUCGUCGUGGCCAGUUCGAUAGUGUGUAAUUUGUGCGCGCUAUAUAUUAUGUAGUUACCUGUCCUACACUCUCGUCGCGCACAC